AUGGCCCUUGUAAUCAGGAAUGGGCCAGGGCGCACUAGAGAGAGACAUGGUGUGGUGGACGAGUCUGAUGGUAAGACGCCGCUCACCAACUUCGCCUCUACCAAGACUGGCAACCUCACAGUUCGGCAUCCGCUACUUGAGCUACGUCUCACACCUACCACUGGCCUAGGCCUGUUCGCCAAAUGCGACGUCAAACGCGGCUCCCGCCUGCUCUCCGAAGCACCACUACUUCUGAUUCCAAGCAGUGGGCCUACCACGUAUCAGGACCUUCAGCAGCAACUGGAGAAGGCGUCCCCUGCGGAACGAGAGGCGCUUUACGGUCUGCAGCAUGAUCCCGAGCUCUUGAGUCGGAACCAGGUCAGGCAGGUUCGCAACUAUGCUGUCACCAUCAGGAAGUUCGCCAAGGACAAGGAUGGCCUGAAGUCUUUUGUGCAAACUCAGGCAAAGGCGAUGGCAAUUUUUGAGACCAACGCCACCAAGUUAGUCAACAAGUCAGGCUCCGCCGUCUUCCCGCUGUACAGUCGCAUCAACCACAGCUGCACCCCGAACGUCUACGCCAACUACAACCCGUCCCUCCGCACGCACACAGUCCACGCCAUCCGCGACAUCGAAGCAGGGGAGGAGAUCCUGACCACCUACAUCGACAGCUCGCAAUUCUUCGCAGGGCGUGAUGAGGAUCUCAAAAAAUACGGCUUCGAAUGCGCAUGUGCGUUCUGCCAGUCUCACGAGCCGUCCUUGCUUGGCCCAACAACCUCCGACGCCACUAAGAGGGACCUCCGCCGUGCAAAGAUCAACGUCGUGAAGCGCAGCCUCUACGCUUUCGAAGGCGAGCAUGCCCGCGCCGACGGUAUUUGCGCGCCCCGCAGCCCGAGCGAAGCGCUCGAUAGGGCUCAAGACCUCAUCAAGCUCCUGCGCGAAGAAGGCCUGCUCGGCAUGGAUCUAGCGCAGGCGUAUCGCUGGGCGUCGAAGUACAGCCUCCAGUUCGGCGUUCUGGAGAAGGCUAGAGAUUACGCGCAGAAGGAGGCGGAGGUGGAGCUGUGCUGCUUGGGUCCAGAGACUGACUACAUGGGCGGGUCGGGGAAUGCAGCGAGCUGGUUGAAGCAUGUGCAGGCUACGGCGGAGAAGGACAAGGUGAAGUUGCGGGCGUGUGAGAAGAGGAUGGCGAAGGAGGUGAAGCGGAUGGAGAAGAAGGCUGAGAAGAAGGCGAAGAAGAGGUGA